CUGUUUUAUUUUAUUAUACAAAUAAUUUUUUCUAAAUAUUUUAAGUUAAAUAGAGUUCAUUUUAUAGUAGUAUUUUAGCAUAAUAAUAGUAUCAUAUGUGGGUGAAUGGUUCGUGUGAAAAAUCGCUGGAUAGUAUUCAAAGUCGAGUUGAGUGAUCAGAGUAAAUCAAAUAGUCUAGAUCGAAUUUUAAGACCAUCAAUAAUUAAGCCUGAAAUUGACAAAAGCGCCGAAUUUUUAUUUGGAUUACUGCAGGGCAACUUAAUUUCAAAUAAUAUAACGGUUCCCUUCGCAAAUUCAGCUGAGAAUUUGGUACUUCUGCAGUGUAGAAAAGCGUUUUUGAAGGAAACACUGUUAAUCGUUAAAUUUAUUAAAAAGAUACAAAACAUUGAUAUCUCCUUUGCUCCGGUUCGCGUCUCAGGAACAUUACAUCAGGCACGAAAAUUUAUUUUAUCAAAAAUUUUAGAAUCCCUUGGUCAGAUUUCAAUUCUAGAACUCUCCGGCACCAAAGUGCCUGAAAAAUCUAGUUUACUAGUAGGAAUUAACAGAAUAAGUUUAGUAACAAAUUCAGCUCUGCCAUCAUGACGCUUUCAACUAGGUUCAUUGGUCUCAUUACAAGAUUUAACACCGUUGGUGUCUGUGAUUUAUUAAAUUUGGGUAGUUUACAACUACGUCGUUAUAGUCCUGAGGUAAAGGAUCAUUUUAAUAAUCCCAGAAAUGUUGGAAGUUUCGAUAAGGAUGACCCCUCAGUGGGCACCGCAAUAGUUGGCAAAGCGGCGUGCGGAGAUGUGAUUAAGCUCCAGGUAAAAAUUAAGGAUCAGGUGAUUGAGGAUGCCUGCUUCAAGACUUUUGGUUGUGGUUCAGCCAUCGCAAGCAGUUCAUACGUAACAGAAAUGGUUAAAGGCAAAACAUGUGAAGAAGCAUUAGCUAUCAAGAACACAGAUAUUUCAGAUAAGUUGAAUUUACCACCUGUUAAGAUACAUUGCAGUCUAUUGGCGGAAGAUGCCGUUAAGCACGCCAUCAACGAUUAUAUUAAUAAAAAUAAAAAAUAACUCAAAAUAAUUGUAACAUUAUUUU